GACGCUCGAAUACCUGAGCGAGCCGUGCAUAUGCGUGUCCUAUUGUCUUGUUCAUUCGCUCUUUUCAUGUCUACUGCUGUCAACGUGUCUUCCUUGUCUCUAUUGUACCAUAUUUCUCUGAAUUUUCUUUACUGCAUGUUCUUCUGAUCACGAACAUAAUUCUCGCCAAUUUUAGAUUUGAUUUAUGACUUCGUUUAGUGCGAGAGGCACCAGUUCUAUUUUCUAGCGAAUACCCACUCGAUUCAGGCAAACCAACUUUGUGACCUCUGACGUAUACCCUCGUUGAGUGACAAAUUACUCCUCUACCAUUGGACCUUCUACCCGUCAGAACGAUAAGGACCUAAAACAACCAACUACACACCUGACCAUUCAGCUCUCAUCUGAGUUGAAAGGGAAUGAGUGAAUAUAUCAACUUUUUUUCUAUACUACAUCUGAGAAUUUUUUUCUCUUUCAUUUUUUCCAUCUAAGCAUGCACCGGGGACUGCCUGGUACGAGAAGAGCCUACAAAUCUCGGUGGACUUCUGGCGGCGACCUGUUGAUCGGAUUGCUACAUCUGUAUACACCAUUCUCAUAACUCUGAACUAUUACACAGACCUCAAUCCACGUGAUACCUAAAUACAACACGUCACACGGCUAUCUCGUCAACUUGGUAUUUAAACGAUCGGCUGCUCGGGAACCAAAUCAUAUCAAUGCGUUCGAUGCGCUUGAAUCGCGUCGACCCUUGUUUAUUCGGAACGUUUUUAUUUUCAUUUUCUCCCAUUUUCCCUGGAUUGGUCUGAGGUAUUUUGUUCGAGCAAGACUACCAUGGCUUUUAUCUAGACCAAGGACAUCCACCUCUUUCUAUUAUACGGAACACCACAACAAUUACUCUCGGCUAGAUCAUCUUGCUCUGUUUGCAUUUUGAAUUGUGGAUAUUGAAUCCGCCACCAGCCAGGGUAGCAGCAAACCAAACACCAAACAUUGAAUCAGUCGGGGUUUAUUCAGAGUUUUCUCAACAAGUGUUUAUACAGAGAGGAAAGAAGAGUAAAUCUGUAUUCAUCCUCGGAGUCUUGGCUCUGUUGACAAUGCUCGACUAUUAUCGCACCCAGUCCAGUGUUGAACGUGAAAGCUGGACGUUACAGAGACUCAAUUCGGCUGGAGGUGAAGACGAGAUGGAUUCGACGAGUACCAGCUCCAUGUCUGAUAUCGACAUGAGUGAACAUUCCAGCCCCCUCAACUCUAACAGUGAUGAUGAUUUGUUUCUCGAUUACCUCUUCUCUCGUGGCAUCGUCGACUCCAUCGACGACCGAUCGGAGGAUGUUUCACCAAGCGGCGUCGAUGUGCCUUCGCCGGUCUUUCCGCCUCCUACGUCACCCAUGCGAGCUGUUACCCUGCGCCCUGCUCCGAAUCAGACUUUGGGCAACUUGAACCAAUUUAACGAUGUCAUGAAAAGUAAUGACGCAUUCCUAAUACCGAACCCUGCGGAUCCUUCCGGGACGGGAAAUCCGUUGUUAGGACAAAAUGAUACCAGUUUGGAUGAACUGCUAAAGUCAACCAGCAUGGAUGAAUUUGCUGGGUUAUGCAGCAGUAUUCUCAGUGACCUGGACAACGGAUACUUGUUGAACACUGAAACAGACGUUAACCUGAAUGGAUGUGCAAGUAUUUUAUCUCUGCUGCCACAGGAUCCCCUUGCCUCCGACCACCAGAACAGCUUCCAUAACCUGGAGCCCUUCAACGGACGCACCGCAAACACUAGCACUACCAGCACCACUCCUGCCCAGCAUCCCGCUCUCAUUCACAACUAUGCUGCAAACCAACUGACGGUAGCUAAAACAUCUGACAAUCAAACAGAUCCCAGAACUAUCUUUAAUUCAUCAGGGACCAACAAUAGGCUCCUGGUGUCUUCGGAAAGUCCGCUCCUUUCUGUUGUGGAAGGACAGACCAACCUCCUUGACCGCAGCAUUCUUCCGCCAUCAGGAGUGCGCAUCACGCAUAUUCCUGUGAGCAAGACAAAUGUAAGUGACAACAAACGUGGAAACCCCAUGCAAAACCCUUCUCCCAUCUUAACAACCUCGAACUCAUCACCCACCCCUUCGGCAACCACCACGACAACGACCGUCAAGACAGGACGUGGCGGUGGUCGCGGUCGGGGACAUGGCAACAAGAUUGCCGACGAACUCAAAAUUCACAAGUGCACUUAUCCCAACUGUGGCAAGAUGUAUUCCAAGAGCUCACACCUGAAGGCCCAUCUUCGACGUCAUACAGGGGAAAAACCCUUUAUCUGCACUUGGGAGGGGUGCAAGUGGAGGUUCUCUCGCUCAGACGAACUUGCGCGUCACAAGCGAUCCCAUUCAGGCAUCAAGCCUUAUAAAUGCACGAUAUGUGAGAAGCGAUUUUCUAGAUCGGAUCACCUUUCCAAGCACAUCAAAGUACAUGCCAAUGGGGUUCCAAGAGGAAUGCGUAACAAUCAUGCCUUUGUGUCAAACAAGUGAAGUUAAUGCAAACCAGUUUGCUAUACUACAGAAGAACUUGUGCCUUUACUGCAUGGUUUCAACUUUCAUAUUCAACAGAUCUCAUGCAAGAUAUUUGAUUUUUAUCAUACGAUCACACGAAAAAAUAUUGUUCAAUACAAAUGUCGCUUUAUCGAUACAAUGGAGUUCUAAAGUUAUUUACAACUUUAAACAAUCUGAUAACAAAACGAGAGACUAAUGAUAAUUUUGUAUGUUAUUUCGAUAUUUCAAACCUUUAUAUUUUUAUCAUAUUAAUGAUAUGCUGUCGAUGAUUGGCCAGUACUGUACAAGGCUGUGUCUUUACUAGUCAAACAUAACAAUACUGUCCUAAUCACGUUAUCACCAAGCUAUAAUCAGCAAGUUUACUCUACCUCCCUUUGAAAUCAGUAACAGUCUUAUUUCAGAAUCCAACACCAUUUCAUACUACCAAUGUGGGUAAGGCACCUCUGAAUUCGGAUAUCAGGUAAAUAUACAUAUUAUAUCUGAUCAAUGCCAAGAGAGCUUAUCUGUAAAUAGAUUCAGGUUGAUUUACUCCUCUGGGCCAGAUCCGUUUAACUUAAGUAUGAGACUUGGAACGGUAAGACACAACGUCUUAAAAUCACUGCAUUAUCUUUUUUGUACACACGGAAAGCUGCAAGUCAAAUAUUAUAGCUGCUUUAUUACCUCGAGAACUGAAUAUCAAACGCCGGUAUCUUUCACAGAGAACAGAAAGAAGACAGUCUCAGAUUUAUUAUUGUAUGUACCUAUACAGACCUCUACUUUCAGUUCGCUUUUUAGGGAAUGGUUAUCAUGACGAAGCAUUUAUUACCUCCAAGAUAUCUGAGAAGUUGAUUAGAACAUUCGUGGUGGAUAUAGGAUUAUGUAAAACGAACAGAUCAAGAUAAUGUUCGCUGAUCACCAAACUAUCACAGACGUGAAUCUUGUUUCUAAUUGCCAAAGUAUCUUUAACUAAUCAUUUACAAAGUAAAAUGAAGUAAAGUGACACGAUUUACUUGAUAGAUUCAGAAGUAAUCGUUCAUAAGUAAAGAAUGGUAUGUUUUAAUACCGCAGUUUGACAUGUUUGAACUCUUAAUUUGUAUAUAGAGUAAUGAUCGUUUCUUUUCUACACCUUGCUGUAAUAUACUGAAAACAUUUCCAUUAAAAAAAAAAAUUGCUAUGUACCAGGUCUGAUAGACGUGAACAUCCUUCUAUCCGAAAAUGACCCAUGAUCCUGGAACAUUGAAGAUAGAUUCAAUUAUAUAAUUAAGUCUAUGACAAACCGUGUACAAAAAGUUGCAAUCAAUUUUAAAGAUGAAAUGUAUCUCUAUGUGUUACAACACACAGGUCAGAGAAGAUAAAAAGGGAAUGGUGUCAAUGAUUCCCUUGUAAACAUUGCCUUCUAAUCCUGUCAUUGGUUUUAUUCUUUGACAUAAGUGAUUGGAAUAAUUUGAUUAUCGCUUUAAUGGAAGUGCCUAAUGCUAAAUUUCAAGAUUUAUGAUUAUAUUUUUUAGUCAAAUCAAUCUCAGGCCCGAAAUAAUCUUAAAUCAGUUAUAUUGUGGUGUGUUUCUUUUUCAUCAAGGUAUGAUUUAAUCCAUGUCUUGACCUGAUCUAUACAAGUGGUAACCAAUUACGUUUCAAAACUUGUAAACAAUUUCAUGUGGUCAGUUCUUUUUAGAAUAUUCGGGGGGGGGGGUUGUCUAUAAAUUUUUUAAUUGAAGUUCAAAUAGAUAUGUUAAUAUAUAAUUUUUGUUUCAUUUUUUAAAUGAUUUUAAAUAUUGAGUCAUGUAGAAGUUAUUAUCAGGAGGGGAAAUUAUACAGAUAAAAGAGCACAGAAAACACAUGAAGUGCAGGGGUAAUAAUUAGUGUUUGGUCGCUAUAUUUGUUAUACCAUUUAGAAUAUUCAAGUAUGACUGUUGCUCUGUUGGGCUGUUUGAAAAUAUAUUUCCUCUAAAAUUUCGAAUUAUGUUUUCAAGUUAGAAUCGUGUCUUGACAGGUUAAAAGAUUGACGGUACACUGAGAUCACAAAGUUCGAGAAAAAAAAUCAAAUCAUUGCGUCAAGGUAUUUUUGGUGGCUCUGCAGGCCGAAUGAGUCUCAAGAUCUUGUCAAACAGUAUUAUGGACUUUUUUUUUUACUUAAAGAAAAAACCUUAUCCGAACUUUGAUCAUGAAUGCUAAGUUCUAAGUAUGACCAGAAGUCAAAUUUCAGAAAACUAAUUACCUCUUGUUCAAAUGUUUGAAAUGGAGUAAGAGGACAAAAGGAUCUGGAAAGAGAGGAAGAAAAUCGGUCGAACUUGACAAUUCUCUGCUGGAAACUGAAAAAUAUAUUUGAAUGGAAUGAUCAGGUUUUCUGCGUACCCAACCGUGCGUGAUCUGUUUACUAGAUUGAGGUCAAUAACAAUCUAAAUAAAGUUUACUCACGGAGGUAGACUCCAGAAGUAAUGAAUACGGUUGUAACCAGAUUUUUUUUUAUAGUUCUAGAGAUGAUUUGUUGUAUUUAAAGGAGGAUUCAGCAUAUUUUUCAUAGUUUUUAUAACGCUGAAGAGGAGUAUACUCCCCCCCCACAACCCCUAAAACCAGUUCGCACCACGAAUCGAACAAUGUGAAUUUGACUAAGGAGAAUGAUGAAUAGGACUCGAAGUCCUAUCAUUGUGUUUUAUUCUUCUGUUCGUCUUACACGUGAUUUUAAAUAUUUGUGUUAUUCCACGAUAGGUCCUUUCUCGAAAGAAGAUCAAAUAAUGGUGUCCCCGUGAUGAAAUGAAGAAUUUGUAAUAAUCAUUUUUUGGUGUUUCAAUUUGCUUUGUGCAAUUAUCUCCCUGCGGAACAUUUACAUUCAAAAGAAAAUUCAAAGCAUUAAUAGUUCCUUGAACCUUUAUACAAUGUUUCAUAAAACGCUAUCUAUUUUUUCCAACCCCCGUUUUAAUCUUCUCGGAAAGCUUAUUGCCAACUGUUUUGCUUCAGUGCAUAAACUUAAAAUCUAGGAAUGCUUAAAUCACUGAUCAUAAUUUCGUAUUGAGAAAAUUCAGGUUAUGUAAUAAAUAUCUAAAUAAACGGGUUUGCAAAGUGUACACUAAUCAAUUUUCAUCUAUACUUGGAGACCUUACAUUUAACUUCCAUUCAUGAAUGGAUUUUAAUCUGAUCUCGGUACAAUGUAUUUCUUUCGUAUCGGACUCAACAAGACUACUCUUGUAACAUCCUGCAGAAAAGUUUAUAGCAUUUGGCAAACAUUGAUUUUUGGUUACCAGUUUAUUUUGCGUUAUGCAUCAUUUUACAUGGGUUUAUAGGGACAUCACCUUUUUUGUGGGAGUGAGGGAGUCUAUUAUUGUUUUGCAUGCAUGGGAAUUCGUUAUGAACAUGUGAACAGAUAUUCCCUGUAUCAGUCAGUAUUUAGUGCAUAGCCUUGGUGUGAAAAGGAACGUAACGUUUGUCCGUUUCAUGCGGUUGCAAGCUUAACAAGGCGUACUCUGACUAAUUUUAUGAAAGUCAUUGACGGUGAUUCAAGUAGGUUUGUCACAACGCCAUAAAAGGUAGCAACGAAAAUGAUGAGGUUUUGCAUGGUAGCUUGAAUGACUGAAGAACAAAAGGUUCUAAUUCUCGUUACUCAGACAUUUGUUGAACAAAAUUAAAUGCUUAAAUUACUGUAAUGUCCUCUAUUACCCCAAAAAUGAGUAAUGUGUUCUUUUACAUCAUGCUUGGCUGAGCACUCGUAAUUUCAUACUGUUCUUUCAUUGCACACCCAUUGGUUAUGACUUUGAGAACAUUUGCUUUCUUGAGGUUUUUAUUUUUUCCCCUUUUCCUAAAAUCUGCGGUUUUUAGCUAAAGUCACGGUCAUGAUUUUGGAUAGUAUAUAGUCAAACCAAGCAAAUCACGAUCCACUGGCAUUGUCCUAUGAUAUAAACCUGUGUGCCCUACUCACAAUUAUACUGUAAACCGGUGCAAUUUCAUACUGGAUUAUAAUUGUUUAAUAUCUUGCACUUUAAUUUGGGAAGUAUAUCGUCAGAGAAAUGCGACUUGGGGAUUUAAGAAUCGCUGCAAGCAUUCCAGAGAGUACCGAUUCUGAAUUGAUUCAUCGAAGCAGAAGAUUCCUCUCCCUCACUCUCUCUCUCUCUCUCUCUCUCUCUCUCACACACACAAACACAAUCUUUCUCUCCCUUUUUCCUUUUCUUCCUCACUUCAUUUCUCUUUGACAAUUAAACUAUCUCUCUUCAUUUUCAACGCUAUGAGCUGAUAAAAUGACGGACAAAAAUAGUAGGCAGACACUAGACAGUAUUCAUUCACCGGCAAUAGAGUCAACUUUUGGCUUUUUGUCAAAGAAAAUAUCUGUUCAUUGUGAAAUAAGAAUAGGUAAAAGGCAUGGUAUUUUGUUUGUAAUAUGACUUCAGAUAUCGUCGUGAUAAUUUACACGUGUUGACAUCAUCAUGAAAGUUUAGAAUUAGAUUUGGAAGAACUGCGUCGUAUUAAAAAAACGGCAUCGUUUGAGUAAUCUCUUUAAAUUUCUAAUCAUACCAUUACAUCUACAGUUACAGAACAUCGUGAUGUCAAUAAGAUCUUCGGGCGUUCUGUAUAAUUAUUAUUCAUUCAUGUCUUAUUCACCCUUUUUUAUUUUUUAUUUACUCUGUUUACUUCUGACAAGGGUUUAAAAUGAUUCACACAUAAGUG